AUGACCGUGGACACAAUCUACGGCCACAACUUCCUUGCCCCUUGGCCCGCCGCCAUGGACACCUACGCUGGAGACUUCACCGCCGACCAACUCCCCGCCCUCCGCCAAGCCUCCGACAUCAUGGCCGGCUUCUGGCUGCGCAACCCCAAUCCCAAAAACCUAAAAUACUGGUUCGGCAGCAACAUCAUCAACACCGAAACCGUGCCCGUCGUCAACCGAAUUCUCGUAAGCAAGGGUUAUAAAGAUAUACCGGAAUGGCCAGGUGUUCAAGUAGACGAGUCCAGUGAAGAGUAUCUCGCACUCCUAGGCACACCUGUCGGCGCAAACAAAGCGUUUAUGCUGGUCCAACACAAGGCGGAAUUGGGGCUCAAACAUAUUCCCAGUAUUACGAUUUUCCGAGAUACAAAGGAUCCCAAUCGCCCGGACGAUGCGCCGGCAUACCAGCUUUUGUUUCGCAUUGAAGAAGUACCGCAGGAUGAGAUUAUGCCUGAUGAUACGGAGAUUGUGGAUCAGGAGAUGACGGGCUCUGCGUCCCGGAUGAGAAGGGGAGAGAGGAGGGAUAGUUUGGUGGAGAUGGAUUUGGGGAAGAAUGUGGGGAGGUUGCAUAGGGUUAGUAUAGAUGGGCGGGGGGAGACGAUGUUGCAGAGCCAUGAGUUUGAGCGGGAGUUGUGA